CAACUAUAAAGGACGGACGACUGGCGAGUGAAAACUGGUGAGACCUGGAAAGUUAGUGAGACCAGCAGCUCGGAUUGUACUCCUACCAGUGUGAGUACAGAAGCAGUACUGGCCGGGAGACUGUAGGUAGAUGACAGAAUCUGAAAAAGAGACUUAAAAGUUAAAACUAAUACUUACCUAUACUUAUAUCUAUAUAUACCUUUUUUACUUACCUGUCUUGUAAAAUGAUGUACCUACUUCUUAUAUAAAUAAAUCUAUACUUACGCAUUGAAUAGUGAGCACGAGCGACAUGCAACGUUAUAUAUACAUACAUAGAUGCAUACGUACCUGUAUCGAAGCCAAAUCAGUUGCUAACUGACCAUUGUCACAUACAGACGCUGUCCCUCGCGGCCGCUAUAGCAUAUUUCAUUUCGUAUAGGUACUUACUUGUUUUUUCUCCUGCUACUCUUCUCUGCACCCUGUUCACCAUCUAUAGUCUAUAACUAUUAUAACUUUGUUAUAACAGAUCUAAAACAUAAAACACCCAUUUAUUAAAUGCCGUGUUAGGAUUAAAAUGAAUAGAUAUUGUACAGCGCCGACGGGAAUCCGCCUGGUCGUCCAGCGGGCACGUUCAAAUGUUUUCUAUACGGACGGGCCAACAUACCAAUAUUUACAAUGUCUUCUCAAUGCUGUCUAACUAAUUUGCGUAUAUAGAUAGAAUUAUUUACUGUCAUAGAAAUAUAUAUUUUAAUACACUUCCAUAAUAAUUGCAGUCCUUUUGUUACAACCUAGGUGGGCCGAAUUAUAAUUAAUCGUCGUUUUUUCCCUCAGAUUUUUAUAUAGUAUAGUGAACAGAUAGAACUUCCUAUUCUGUACAAUAUAUACAUAUAUAAGCACAAUUUCACAAUAAGCAGAUUUAUACUGCGAGAAUAUUUCAACCGCCUGUCACCCCUAAAACGUUAAUAUCAUAGUAAUUUCAUAGUAGUAGUAAACUCUUUGAGGGAUCUCUUCCAGUUAACCAUAGUUCUCUGCUGAGGGACGUUGAUAAGUCCGUCGAUUGAGGAUGCAACUAGUCCUUUAUUGCUAUGCAUGUUGGAACAGUAUAAUCCGCACGUUAAUUAAUAUCGGAUUUUUCAUUGUUUGACAAACUAGUGUAGUGGAUUGAGUAACGUUGAAUAUUUUAGGGAAUAAAGGCUCAAACUUUACUAUAAACAAUAUAAUGUUACGGUAAACAUUUUUAGUUUGUUUUGACUGCGUCCGAUCUAGCCUUGACUCGCCAAUCAAAAACUUACAGACACAAACUUAGACUGAUAAGACACAUUGAAAUUUUCUCAUUUUUAUUGAGUUUUAACACUUAACAAGCGUUACUAUUCACAUAAAACGAGAAAACACGUAUAGUUGUGUAGGUAAUGUGUAUUUUUUGUUUACAGAAUAAAGCGCCAUCUACGUUUGAAAUGGGCGAGACGACAAUGAAACGACAUACAACAUAAGACUAUCACAAAUCACAAACAUUUAUUGAACAUCAAUUUAAAAAGUGAAAAUAUAGUGAAGGUGAAAAAGUGAAUUUUAAAAAUGUAGUGUUUUUUUUAUGAAAACACACAGAAUUUAACCGUUGUGCGUGUAAAUAUUAAAAGAACUUAAAAUGAACAUGAACAAAGAAGUGUUUAAAAUCUAAAAGACUGAAUUGAACAGUAAUUUAGUGUGUUAUAAAGUGAAGUUUCGUUAAAAAUGGGGUGCGGCCAGAGCAAAAUCAAUUUAUAUCCGCGGCGAAGCAAGAAUACUAGCAAGAAUUCAAAGAAAACAGGAGGUGCUGCCGAGACAAAUGAGUCUGAGGAGGAAGAAGGAUGCCCGGAAGCAACCGAAGACACGGAGCCGGAAGACCAUCAGCCAGAUACUAGACAACAUGUCCUGCCGAUCACGGAGCACCAACCUGCCUUUGAGGUGUCGGCGAGCCAGCAAAACUUCUUCAAAAUGCUAGAUGAAAAGAUUGAACAGGGCAAGGACUAUGACUCGUCGAGUGAAACGGAAAUCCAAGAGGAGGAGGAGCGUAAACGUAGACUCAUAGAGCAUUGGUGCUCCUACUCCCAAUCGGCCCAGUCUUCCGUGUGCACCCCCAGCCCGCCAACCCCGGCCGCCCGGCGCCGCAUGACGCGCUCUGUCUCCCGCGCUUCCGAGCGGCAGUGCGGCCCCAGCACCAGUCAGGAGUGCUACCGCCAGGAGUCGCCCCCCACUCGCCGCUCCCACAGUGGGCAGGCUAACGAGCCUCGCCCCUCAACGUCCACUGAAUGGGACUCCAACAAGUCGCCCAUGAAACGCACCCAAAGCGCCGGCCCUUGCUGGCGAGGCGCUCCUAAAGUCGGCCCCAUGCCUAAGCCCAAAGGUGACAAAAAAGAUGAACCUGUCGCCGGCUGCAGCAAAGACUCUCAGAUAACUUACAAUCCAACAUUCCAAAAUCACAGCCCAGCUCACUCUUUAAAGAGCCAACCGUAUAUAGCUCAGCUCGUUUCGUACCCGAUAGCCGCUCCUGCGUCGCCCACAAAAUUCAUCGCGCCUCCCGAAGAAUACCAAGACCCUGACGUUAGCACUGUCGAUAGGCAAAUGACGAUGACUCAAGUGAACUCCCAGUCCCAGAUCUAUUACAUACACGGGAAUGCGGCAGUGACGGGAGCUCCUCCCGACAUUGUGCAGCAGCGGCAACAGACUGCCAUACAUCUGCAGCAGUAUGUUGCCAUGAAGCAAGCCCAGCAGCAAAUGUUCAGUUCCUACAUGCAGCGCAGCCCACAUGCUGUGUUUCCCGGUGGAGAGUACCCACCGAACACUCCUCGAAUGUACGAAGGGGAGGAAUUAGCCGCUCAAUACGGGUAUCCCGGUCCACGGCCGCAGAGCGCGCCCCACCGGGGACACAUGGACGUGGGGCACAUGCACACUCCGAUCUGGAGCCCGCUGCCGCCAGUGAUGACCACGCAGUGGGCCGGCGGGGUCGUCCCGCCGGAGAUGCAGUACUACCCUCAGUCGCAGUUCGUGCCAAUGUUUCGCGCCACCUCCGCCGGUUCCGCCGGGACGCUGACCCGCUACCACAAGAAGGAGGACUCGGAGAAGACCGUGCAGAGUAUCAGUGUAGUGCGCGGGAAGCCCGUGGGGCAGAUCGUGGCCGUGAGCGGGCAGGAGUUGGCCGUGAGCAGCACGGUCAGCGACAGCCCCAGCCCGGCCUCCGUGUCCACCGACAGCGGCGUGUCACCGGGCACUUCGGCGCCCAGCUCCAAGAGCUCGUUCAGCUCGACGCCGCCCACCACCAGCGCCAACGAGACCUUCGAGCCUCACCCCAAGCCAAAGAAAAACAAAUCGACCACCAAUCGCUCUCUAAAAGUUUCCAAAAGUCUCGACGCUUAAGUCUCUGAAACUAC